AUGGAAAUUGAAUCAAAAAAAUCAACUAUUACAUUGGAUAAUAUUCUUCAUGGUGAAUUUUUGACUGGCUCAUUCGAUGGUACCUGGAUUAAUGAUAAUGAAAUAGUCUAUCGACAUGAAAAUGGAAGCUACAUGAGUUAUAAAAUUGAUGUUGAUCAAUCAUCUCUAUAUAAAAAUGUGAUAAAUAAACUUGUUGAUUAUGAUAAUUACAAAGUUUCAGCAGAUGAAGGAUACAUCUUACUAUCAAAAAAAGUAAAGGGUGCAUAUGAAACAAAAACUUCGUUUGAAUAUCGAGUUGUUAAUUUAACAACACUCGAUGAAAGAUCGUUAAUUGUCGAUAAUUCAUCGAUUCAUCAGUAUGCAAUAUGGACACCAGAAGGAAAUGGAAUAGUAGUUGUUCAUAAAAAUAAUAUUUUUUAUCGUCCAAAAAUUGAACAUGAAGGUUUUUAUCAAAUAACAAAUGAUGGUGUUGAAAGAUUGAUUUACAAUGGUGUAAGCAAUUUAAAAGCGAGCGGUUUAUGGGCUCCAGCAAUAUUGUUUUCACCAAGUGGUAAAUUUAUAGCAUUUGAAUCCUAUGAUGAUUCAAACGUUGGAAUAAUUGAUAUUCCAUUUUAUGGAAAUAUAAGUGAUAAUUUAUCAUAUCAAUAUCCAUGGUCAAAUUCAUACCACUAUUCAAAGGUGUUAAAAAUUGUGCAAAACAAUGGUUGGAUAGCUGCAAGUACUGAACCAUAUUUUAACAACAAUGCAAAUAAAUUUUUAAUAAUUAUACCACAAAAACAAUUUGAUAAUGAUUAUUGGAAUCAUUUGGUGAUGGUUAAGAUUAAUGAAAUUGAUGGUAAUUCUGUAAUGUAUCCUUUGACAUCUGGAAGAUUUGUUGUUACAGAAAUAAUUGCAUGGGAUGAACAAAAAUCACUUGUAUAUUAUCUUGCAACAGUAGCUGAUGAACCAUCUCAACAACAAUUUUAUCGUUUAUCAACAUUAGAUAUAAAUCCAAAGCCAGAGUGUCUCAGUUGCAAUAUUAAAAGUGAAAAUAAGGGUUUACCUUGUUUGUACAAUGAAGCAUCAAUGUCACCAUUAAGGGAAAAAUUUGUUUUAAAAUGUGGUGGUCCUGAUGUUCCUCAUAUUUCCAUCUACAAUACUAAUGAUUCUACUAAAAUAAUGACUUGGAAUGAUAAUAUUAAAAUUGCAAAAUUAAUUAAUGACACAGCUCAGCCAAUUGUGAUGAAAUUAAAAGUACCUAUAUCAGCUGAUUUUGAAGCUGAUGUUAAAUUGUUUAUUCCACCAGACGCAGAUUUAAAUGGCUCAAUUAAAUAUCCUCUUUUAAUUCAUGUAUAUGCAGGACCAGAAUUUUUUCAAGUUACUGAAGAAUUUAGAGUUAAUUGGGGAACAUAUUUAGUAACAAAUAAAAAUUUUAUUUAUGCUGUAAUUGAUGGACGUGGAUCUGGAAGAAGAAGUAAUUCAAUGCUAUUUUCUGUAUACAGAAAUUUAGGAACUGUUGAAAUUUAUGAUCAAAUUAAUGUUACAAGAUAUUUGCAGAAUAAAUUUUCAUUUAUUGAUAAAAAAAAAACUGCAAUUUGGGGAUGGAGUUAUGGAGGAUAUGCUGCUGGUAUGAGUAUGGCAUUGGAUGAUAAAAAUACUUUCAAAUGUGGAAUUUCAGUUGCUCCAGUAACUGAUUGGAGAUUAUACAACUCAAAGUAUACAGAAUCUUACAUGGGUCUUCCAUCUUUAGAUGAUAACUAUGAUGGUUAUGAGCAGGCACAACUGAUUAAUAAAGCUAAAAAUAUCAAAUCAAAUAGUUACUAUUUAAUUCAUGGUACUCUUGAUGAUACUGUACAUCACCAACAUUCUUUAUUACUUGCUGAAGAGCUUGAAAAAAAUAAUAUUAUUUUCCGACAACAGAUGUAUACAAAUGAAGAUCAUAGUAUGGGAAAGCUCAGAAAACACCUGUUUUUAUCAAUGUUCAAUUUUCUUGAUGAAUGUUUACAUAAACUCGAAUAAUAAUUAAAAUUG